CUCGCAGGCGGCUAGUACCCAGCUCCGGGUACCUGCCAUUCCCGUGCCGGCCUCGGCGGCAGAGUGCGCAGGCGCUGCCUUCGUGUUUCCUCGGCUACUGUCGGCUGCGCUUCGACCCGCUAGUCCGCCGCCGGCUCUUCCGCCGCCCUGCGCCAUGGCGGGCUGCGCGGCGCGGGUUCCGCCGGGCUCCGAGGCGCGCCUCAGCCUCGCUACCUUCCUGCUUGGCGCCUCGGUGCUCGCUCUGCCGCUGCUCACGCGCGCCGGCCUGCAGGGCCGCACCGGGCUGGCGCUCUACGUGGCCGGGCUCAAUGCGCUGCUGCUGCUGCUGUACCGGCCGCCGCGCUACCAGAUAGCCAUCCGAGCUUGUUUCCUUGGCUUUGUGUUUGGCUGCGGUGUGCUGCUAAGUUUCAGCCAGUCUUCUUGGAAUCACUUUGGCUGGUACGUGUGCUCGCUGUCAUUAUUCCACUAUUCUGAGUACUUAGUGACAGCUGUCAAUAACCCCAAAAGUCUCUCCUUGGAUUCCUUCCUCCUGAAUCACAGUCUGGAGUACACGGUGGCCGCUCUUUCUUCCUGGAUAGAGUUCACACUUGAAAACAUCUUUUGGCCAGAACUGAAGCAGAUCACCUGGCUCAGCACCACUGGGCUGCUGAUGGUGGUGUUUGGAGAAUGCCUGCGGAAAGCGGCCAUGUUUACAGCUGGCUCCAAUUUCAACCACGUGGUGCAGAGUGAGAAGUCAGACACCCACACUCUGGUGACGAGCGGGGUAUACGCCUGGUUCCGGCAUCCCUCCUAUGUGGGGUGGUUUUACUGGAGUAUCGGAACCCAGGUGAUGCUGUGUAACCCCAUCUGCGGUGUUGUCUACGCCCUGACAGUGUGGCGCUUCUUUCGUGAUCGCACGGAAGAGGAGGAGAUCUCGCUGAUUCACUUCUUUGGGGAGGAAUACUUGGAGUAUAAGAAGCGGGUGCCCACGGGUCUGCCUUUCAUAAAGGGAGUCAAGGUGGAGCUAUGACGGGCAGAGGCCUGCGGGGCCAGGGAAUCUCUGGCCCUGCGCAGCCUAGGACAGAACUGCUUCCAGUUGGCCUCUGCAGAAUGAGUUUCUUAACCAUUUUAUAUGUCACUAAUUAAUCCUCAGAAUGUCACCCAAGACCUAACAGUCAGAAGGCCUUAGGACCACAGGGCCCACUGCAGCAUUCUCUUGUGCGGAAUGAAGGUAGAACACGGAUAAACAGUGAACAAGGAGUGUGUCACAACUGUCCCAUCAGUGUCCUUCCUACAGUGGUGGGGUGAGGACCCACGCCGCAGUCUCACGCCCCCUCAGGCUAGAGUGUAUUGGCACUGUGAGCAGGACAUCGGGAGAGGACACUGCUCUCUGCAACACUCAUGCCAGAAUGUGUAGUCAGAGCUGCCUCAUAAUAGCAUUCGAAUUACAUAAAACCCUUUAAUUUAACCGAAAACGCAACAUAGCUUUAACCUUGUCUGCCCUAAGUGCAUGAGCAUCUGUGUUAAACUCCAAAGGCUUUGACACUUUGGCUCAUUAUACAUUUAAUCAUUCUUCCACGCCAGUUUCCUAAAAGAGCAGUGUAGAUUCAGAGGGACACCAAUGCUCCCCGUCUCUAUGUUUCAAAGCCAACAGGCAGACUCCUCAGAGUGCUCCGGGGCUUUGAGCAACCAUUGCGCUGGGCCUGAGGAUGCGGGCCCCGGGAUCUCCUGCAGCCCUGGCCUCAGAGAUUGUGUUUCCAGAAAGUAUUUUUCAGGUGCCUGCACUAAUGUUGAGAAGUACUACCCUCUGUGUGUUUGGGAUUUUUAUUCAUUUUAUCAUAACUUGUGUUUUGUAUUUUUUGUGUUGCAGUGUUAGUCUAUUAUAUUUGUUUUCUGUGUUCUUUCAAAGUAAGUCACCCCCACUACUGCUUCAGAUGUUCCAGAGGGCCCAGCAUAGCUUAUGUGUCGGCGAGUCCAGGCAACUGACUCCUAAAGAGCUGUCAGUUGGGUGGCUCAGUCCAGGUCCACUGGCAUCUUUGUUCUGCAGGUCUGGGGAGAACAUUUAGCUUUUUCUAUGUUCCACAUAAAAAGCUCCAAGAGGUGUUGUGGUGUGGGACAAUGGUUUAUAUUCUGUCAAUUAUAUUUUAAAUAAACGCUGAUUGGCCAGUAGCCAGACAGGAAGUAUAGGUGGGAAAACCAGUCAGGAAGUAGAGGCAGGUCAAUGAGAACAGGAGAAUUCUGGGAAGAAGGAACUCCUGGUUGGUAGUUGUGAGCCCACCACAGAAGAAGCAAGAUGUGACAGCCUAGCUGAAAAAGGUACUGAGCCAUGUGGCUAAUAUAGAUAAGAAUAAUGGGCUAAUAUAAGUUGUAAGAGUUAAUAAGAAGCUUGAGAUUCUA